GGGAGUUAUAGCACUCUGGUCGGCAGCCCGGCUCCCAUAAACACAGCGGAAGCUGAGCAAAAUGGUUUUCAUGUUUUCAUGGGUUACUCUAUCCUUGUUUGUUUGGCUGUUUUUGCUAUAAAAGGGCUUGUUGAUGCUCACGAUGCUGCAAAAACAAGUGUUCUCAAGCUUCAGGUUGGAUCCUUGGGUACUGGUAGAUCGCUACAAAGGCAACUCAAUCGGAUUGCUGAGUUAGCUGAUACAUCCACCUCAGGGGGAUUGGAUUAUGUAUUACAAGAGACAAUACUGGCUCUGCUUCGGCACUCUGAUUAUUGCAUUUCUGGUCAUUCAUCUGUGGAUGUCAAGGAGAGUGUAUCGGAAGGUGAGAAAAUAUUUGAUCAACUUUCUGUUGAAGAAAGGGGUAAAUUUGAUGAGGAGACUUUGGUCAAUGUCAACAACAUCAAAAAGAAAAGUGCAACAAGUCACAGUUCUAAUGGGCUCCCUAACGAGUACAUUGUGGUUACGAUCCUCGUGGUUGCUCAUGGUGUACUUGAACUGCCCCCCAUCAAAAGUGGUGAAGAACUGAAGAAAGCCUUGCAAAAGCUGGCCUCUAUCCCUUCUAGCAAUAUUAUGGGUGCCGAGGUGUUAUGGACCCCACAAAAGGAAGAUGAUUCACUUACGAGGGAAGAACUAUUAGCAGAUUAUCCGUUGCUGCACUCUAUUUAGUUAAGUCAUUAUAACACUAUUUGCAUCACUACAGGUGACGAAUAGAUAUACGAAACUGCAUUUUGAUUUUUUUUUUUUUAAUGUUUUAUGGUUCAUAUUUCAGAUUGUUGUCUGUCAUGUCUGCUUCUGUUAAGAGAUAUAUUGAUUAUUUAGUAGGGAUGAUUAAUUAAGUAACUUAUCAGUGUGAUAGGUUCAGUUAUUUGGGUUGUUUGGAUUAUUGAUU